AUGGCGCAGCAAGGAGUCGAUGAGCCACAGGAACAGACUGGAUAUCAGCUGCAAAGGCAACAUUAUUAUAAAAUCAUCACAUCUUACAUGCCGGAGAGCUUCGAGCAGGAUGCUGUGCAAAUAGCGCUCGUUGCGGUCGAUAAGUAUCGGCAACUGAAGGACAUAGCGUUCCACAUUAAGCACGAAUACGACAAGAAGUAUCCGGGGAGCGGAAAGGCGACAGAGGGGGUCUACCACUGCAUUGUGGGCAAGAGCUUCGCAAGUGCUGUGAGCCACGAAACCCGGCAAUUCAUCCACAUGAAGGUUGACACGUACCACGUAAUUCUCUGGAAGUCAAAGGACACGCCCUUCACCGCGGGAGCUGAAUGA